CAGGAUAACUCGAGGAAGCACAAAGGACCACUCUCCCCUAACGAAAGCGCGGGCCCCGAUGAUGAGCGUCGCACUGAUAUCAUAUCCCUCGUCAUAAAUCGCACCCCGCCAAUCCCCCAUCGUCUGCAGCCACGAUGUGGCGGGAUCGCACCAAUCUCUAAGAGGCCGCGCUUUGGCGUCUCGUCCAGUAAUGGCUUCGACACGUCGCAGCCGGAGGAAAGCCGGCGCCUGAUCUCCGAAACGGGUGGCUUCGAGGAUGAUGGCGACAUGGUCAUUGAAAUGGACCUGCUGCCACCGCGCUGGGCAGACGUCCAAGAGGAGGUGUCCGAGCUGUUGGCGGACAUUGCGCAGAAGUCGGCUCAACUUGACAAGCUACACCAGAAGCAUCUGCUCCCCGGGUUCGGGGACGAGGAUGUACGCAGGAAGGACGAGGGUGUCAUCGAGCGUCUUACACAGGAAAUCACUCGCGGCUUCCAUGAUUGCCAAAGGGCUAUCCAGAGGAUUGAAAUGAUGGUGCGCGAGUCGAAGCAGCAGGGUUCUGUGAGUAGCGGCGAGGAGACCAUGGCGAAGAAUAUCCAGAUUUCUCUUGCGGCGCGCGUACAAGAAUCUAGUGCUCGCUUCCGUAAGAAGCAGAGUACUUAUUUGAGGAAGCUACGUGACAUAGAAGGCUUUACGACGCCGUUCGAUGCCGCCCAGACCGCUGCCCAGAACCCCUAUACGGACCCGUCAUUGAUGGAGUCCGACGCCGACAAGUCCUUCUCGCAGAACAUGUUAAUGCAGACCUCCGAGCGAAGCACGGGCCAGAAUGACGCGGCAAUUGCCCAGCGAGAGCGCGAGAUCAAUGAUAUUGCCAAGGGUAUCAUUGAGCUCUCUGAUAUUUUCCGUGAAUUACAGGCUAUGGUGAUUGACCAAGGGACAAUGCUUGACCGUAUCGACUACAAUGUCGAGCGCAUGGGCACCGAAGUCAAGGCCGCAGACAAAGAAUUGAAAGUGGCUACCAAUUAUCAACGACGAUCAGUGAAACGAAAAGCCAUGCUCCUAUUAGCCCUGAUUGUGGUUGGCCUGAUCAUAAUUCUGGUUGUGAAACCCAAAAACAGAUCAGCUCCUCCUCCAGCGCCUGCUGACGAAUCGUCCAACAAUAUCCGGUCUCUAUUAGCCUCGGUGGAACGAUCACGGCGGCAUACCUCCCCAAGGCGAUUUACAAGAGAUCGCUGGGUACCUUGA